GCCUGACCAGACCUCGGAGAUACUCUGUGACUACAUUCACCAGAUGGGUGUUGGAGAGGAGAGGCCACUUCAAACUGUGGCAUAUGACUGCAGUAACCACCUCACCAAUAUUACCCUGAGGCACUUGUCGGAUGCAUCAGGAGGGAGUUACCAUUGCUACACCGCCACCUGUGAGGAGCAGAUAUACACAGGUACAGAAAUCAGUGUCAUACUGAAAGAGAUUCAGAAGUGCCAGGACGUUAUUAACAAGAUCAAAGAGAUGCGCAAUGGAAUGAUGGGCAGUGCACUCAUCAGCAUCAUGAAUGAGAUCACCACGGAGGUAGCCAAGCUGCCCCAGUCCCGUUUCCUACCCCGUCCACCAGGUCAUGACCUUCCACUACGCAUAGAAAUGCCAAAAUUCCAGCCCAGGACUUCUAUAAAUUGGAUCCAGCAGCAUGGUCUUAAAGCCAAACGUCUAGACUUGUACCAGGUACUGGCUCCUAAUGCAUACUCCUACAAAGAGGAGUUCAUCCCUGUCAUCAAAAAGGCUGUCCAGUCCCAGGUCCAUGAGAAAGCCAUGGUACAGUUCCAGUGGCACGAUGGGUCCAUGAAGAACAUCCAUGUGGACAUGACCCACCUGUUUGAGUACCAGAAACAACUCAAUGAGGUAGUCAGUCUGUACGAACGCCGCAUCAACUGGCUAGCCUGUGGCAGCAGGAGGCUAUUCGGAUCAGUUACUGAGAAAAA